CCUCGUGAUGAUCCGGGCGGGAGAGGCGGAGCCCUCAAAGGAUGGGAGGCUGGGCGGCGGCGGCUGGACCCGGGUCAGCUGCCCCUGCUGCCACGCCCAGCGCGUCCAGCCGCUGGUCCUGUCGGGCCCGAGACCAAGAGGCGCGGCCCUGCUGGCCCACCCGGGGGAGGACGCGGGCGGGGACCUCCUGGUGCUGUCGGCCCCCCGCUGCACGCUGCUGCGGGCCUGCGAGGAGCUGGGGCUCUGCAGGGCCCACCGGGACGGGGGCAUGGAGGCCUUCUCCCACAGCCACCGGGACGGCUUCAGGGACGCGGGUGAGCAGGACCCUUCCUCUGGAGGACACUUACCUCAGGGAUCAAUCCCUCAGGCCCCAGGCCAAAUACCCAAACCACGCUUUGUUUUUAUGUUC